CUGACGCUGGACCAAUUACAGAGCAGCGCUUUCAGACGGGUUUUCUAAGAAGUCAUCCAACAUGUCGGAGAGGAAGGUUUUAAAUAAAUACUAUCCGCCGGACUUCGAUCCUUCGAAGAUCCCAAAGCUUCGUCUUUCUAAAGAUCGGCAGUAUGUGGUCCGGUUGAUGGCACCUUUUAACAUGAGGUGCAAGACUUGUGGCGAGUACAUCUACAAGGGGAAAAAGUUCAAUGCACGUAAGGAGACUGUCCAGAAUGAGCAUUACAUGGGACUGCCUAUUUUCCGGUUUUACAUUAAGUGCACACGGUGUUUGGCUGAGAUCACCUUCAAGACAGACCCAGAGAAUACAGACUACGCUAUGGAGCAUGGAGCCACACGCAACUUUCAGGCAGAGAAGCUUAUUGAGGAAGAAGAGAAGAAGAUUCAGCGUGAGAGGGAGGAGGAGGAGCUUAACAAUCCCAUGAAGGUUCUGGAGAAUCGGACAAAGGAUUCUAAACUGGAGAUGGAAGUACUGGAAAAUCUUCAAGAGCUGAAGGAGCUUAACCAGAGGCAGGCAGUGGUUGACUUUGAAAAGCUGCUGAAGCAACAUCAAGAAAGAGAGGAGGAGGAGAGAAAAAGAGAGCGGGACGAGGAUGAGGCAGAGAUAAAGGCAAUGAUGAGUGCAUCAAAGGUGAAGCGGUUACAGGAUUCAGACUCCGAUUCUGAGGAGGAUUGUCAUAGGCCUUCUGCAAUCCCUGCAUCUGAGAAGCCAACUGAUAUCCUGAGUGAGGUGAACAACUGCAAUAGAAACUUGGCAAAUAGCAAGAGCUGGGACCGCAGUGUGGGAAAGCUGAGUGGCUCAUCACUGGCCACGAUGGUGGUCAGAAAAAAGACUGCAGAGAGUGCUUUUCAGUUGUGCAAAGGUUUGACGGACAAGAUAGCAGCAACUUCUGAAAACUCCAAGUCACCCCUAAACACUAAAUCAAACACAACUGCUCCGGUUUCUUCCUUAAGCCUUCUGGGAGCAUACUCGGGAAGCAGUGACACUGAGAGCGAAUGAUCAGAUGGACGGUGAACAGUGAAGGUAGUUUGUUGGACUGAGCUGGCCUCACUGUCUCAAAGGACAGUGAGUCUUGAAGGGGACCAGUUUUAAGCCAAAGUGUGAGAGUGAAAAUAUAUUGUAUGUGAAAUCAUGUUUAAAGAAAUUAUUUGAUUAAAAAAAAAAGUUUUAGAAAGCAUCGACCACAUACCCGUUUGCCCUGACAUAGCAUACCCCAUUUUUAAGUUAAGGACAUGCCAAUUGAAUGCAUGGAUCUGACCGAGAGGUGUUUUUAUGUGUAUUGCUUUGACUUUUAUUUGCCUGUAAUGGUCUUUACAGUAACCCAAAGGAGAAUGUGAACACCUGAGUUCCAAGAGCUAUAGGAGAGUUUACAGGUUUAUUUUAGGACUAGCAGGGGAUUCCAUAAUUGUGGUGACUUCUUGCUGGGUUGGAACAUGAACUUCAUUUCUUUGUGUUUCCUGGCUUAGUGUUUGAUGAACAGAUGUUUAACCCCACGUUAACAGACUAGUUGACUUGUUAAAUAACUGAAUCAUUGAUAAUGGCACUAUGCUGGGUGGAACUUCUGGUUUUUACCGUUGUUCCUUCUAUUAAACUCCUGUUUAUGAUGAAAAUUUUGAAACUCUAUGAACUCUUCAUAUUACAUUUUGUGUACAAUAAAAUACAGUUAGCCUACAAAAUUUCAUAAAUACCCACUCGCCUGUUUUGGAGUAAUACAUGGUUUUUGUGGUGUUGACCCUCCCAUUAGGACUCCGCAGUGACAUUCUUCAAAAUCCACAAAGGGUAAAUGUUAAAUUGUAUGAAGAAAAAUAUAUAAAUACAGGAUUUUGUGAAAGUAGACACUGGUAUUUUUCGGUAAUUCACAUUUUUUGUGUUGGUCCCCCAUCACACCACACCGUUGUUUGCAUUGAAUCACAGAAGUGGAGCGUAGCUUUUAGCCAUACCUAAACAAUAUGUCAAAUUCAUUACCAUAGGCUGAACCAUUUUGGUGUGGUAGUGUGAUUUUGGUUUUGCAGCCCUCGCCCAUUAAAACUCCGUCACUUGA